AUGCGAACAAAUGUUGCAUUUACCGUAUCAGCCGACAGAAAUCGUUCUAUAAUCAAGACAAACGUGGCGAAAACAGAAUUUUCUAAAGCGAAAACUUUAAUUAAAUGGUUGCGAACUAUGGAACCUGACAUCAUGAUUGAAGAAAUGGAAGAGCAGACCACACUGCGGUCCUCAUACUUCACUACAGUAUUCAUAUCCGAUGACGAACAAAUAAAAAAUGCCACAAACGCUACUUCCGAACUUAAUAUCUAUUAUUUUUAUGACUCGAUCCAGUUCACGGUGAUGUGGGUGUUGUUCGUUGCGAUAGUGGUCCUCAACGCUUCGGUUAUCGCCGCUCUACUUUGUACAAACGCUCGGAAAAGUCGCAUGAACUUCUUUAUUAUGCAACUCGCCAUUGCUGAUCUCUUCGUUGGCCUGAUAUACGUGUUCCCUGAUAUCAUACAAAAAAUCACCAUAGCCUGGUUGGCAGGAGAGUUUAUGUGCAAGACUGUAAAAUUUCUUCAGGCUGUGGUGAUGUACGCGUCCACCUACGUUCUUGUUGCUCUAAGUAUAGACCGCUGUGAUGCCAUCACCAAUCCUAUGAACUUUUCGGGAAGUUGGAAUCGGGCAAGAGCUCUCAUCGUGUCAGCAUGGUUAAUAAGUAUUAUAUUCUCUAUUCCACUUCUUAUAUUAUAUGAAGUCAAAGAAGUUCAAGGUCAAGUACAGUGCUGGAUAGAACUGGGUACUCCUCGGCGGUGGCAGAUUUGGAUGACACUAGUGUCUAUAAUGAUUUUGGUGCUACCAGCGUUGGCAAUUGCUGCAUGCUACGCUGUCAUAGUACUUACGAUAUGGACUAAAAGCAAAGCAGUCGUUAUGAGCCCACCUGUAAAUUCUAGAAGAACGAAAACUCUAAGGAACGGUCAGGUGGAAAGUGACCCGGAUUCACGCCGAGCCAGUUCUCGGGGUUUGAUACCAAGAGCGAAGAUCAAAAGCGUCAAAAUGACAUUUGUUAUUGUUUUCGUGUUUGUAAUGUGUUGGGCUCCAUACAUCGUGUUCGAUCUUCUACAAGUAUACAACCACAUACCUCCGACACAGUCCAAUUUCGCUAUAGCCACUCUUAUCCAAAGUCUGGCACCGUUAAAUUCUGCGGCGAAUCCUUUAAUAUGCUGUAUGUUCUCACCGCAUAUAUAUACAAGCUUAAGACGAAUACCGCCGUACAAGUGGCUGUGGUGGGGGAAACGGAUGAAGAGGCAUACGAGAGGAACUGUACGCUCAAGGUCCGACUCCACUGCAAACUCGGACCUGCUGAGUUCUACACACGCAAAGAGAUCACAUUCAGUCGCAACGAUACUCAACCGCACCCGAAGCAGCAGUGUAUCGCGGCCGUCGCAACCUGACCCACGCCGCACACAACUGCUUGUAAUGGUGUCAGCACGCGACUGA